AUGUCAUUAUCUCAAAAUAGUGUUUCUGAUGAGGAUAAAACUACAGGCCAGAAGAACAAUAUCACAAUUACUAUUAAUAAAGGAAGGUUGUUGAAGGAGGAAAUUGAGAAGAUGGACGAGAAGGUUGCUGGGAAGUUAGCACCAGCUGACAAGAAGAAAAUCCAGGAUGCUAUUGAAUCUGCCACUCAGUGGCUUGAUGCCAACGAGCUAGCAGAGGCGGAUGAAUCUGAUGUCAGGAUGAAAGAGCUGGAGAGUGUUUGCAACCAAAUUACUGCUAAGAUGCACCAAGAUAGUGCUGGACCUGACAUGGGUGGUUUUGGUGGGAUAUGA